AUGGCGGAGAACGUACGGUCGCCUUUUGACUACCGGGAGCCACCGACCCUCGACAGCGACGGCGAUGGGAGCAAACCGCCGCCGCCCCGGGGGCGGGUGUGUGGGAGAAAACGGAAGGGGACGCCAGUGAAGGUGUGUGACCGGGCUUAUGUGACAGAGGAUGAGGAGGAGGAGAGUCUGUCGGAACACAGCUACAGCCCCGGUGAUGGACAGUACCCAGAAGGAGCUGAGGACAGGCUGCCUCCGCCAGGCAGCCCCUACUACCUCGCAGACCCCUCCCAGAUCUGUGUGUCGGAGCUGGGGGAGGAGGGGGCCAGCGGGGUGCGCGGCUCCGUGCUCUUCCAUCCUCCGCCCAACUGCAGGAUCCGCGAGGUGCACUGUGGGAGCCAGGUGCGCCUGGUCGUCAUAGCGAUCCGCGACAUUGCCAAGGGGGAGGAGAUCACGGUGGACUACAGCCUGACGGACUGGGGCGAGAACGCCAUGAAACGCAAGCUGGCCACCGCCGUCCCCGCCAAGAAGAAGAGCCCGGCGAACCCCAGAGGCCCCGGGCGCCCCUGCUCGUCCUUCACCCGCCCGGCCCCCGCCGCCCCCCCCGUUGCCGCCUCCCGGCCCCAACCCCCCGCUGUCGCCCCCGCCGCCCUGGCCCCGCCCACCACCAACAUCAACAACAACAUCAACAUCAACAUCGGCAGCUCCAGCGCCGCCACGGUGAGCCGGCGGCAGCACUGCCCCUACUGCGGCCGCCACUACCGCUCCCUGGCCCGCCACCUGGAGAAGCACCACGCCAACCAGCCGGAGAGGGAGAGGGACUCGCCGGCCACUCGCGCCGGCGCCGUCUCCUUCUCGCUGUCGCUGUCCCCGCCUUCCGCCGCUCCGGCCGCCGCCUCCAAGAAAGGCACCGGCCCGCCGGCGCCCAAGCGAGCCUCCUCCUCCUCCGCCACCGCUGCGGCGGCGACGCCAAGGAAAGAGGAGGAGAAGGAAGAGAUGGCUCCUCCUCCGACCCCUGACCCUGAAGUGGAAGCGGACGAGGAGGAGCUGGAGCUGAGCGGAGGAGAGGGGGAGGAGGUCGAGGGGAGUCCCGAGGACAAGAAUGGAGAGAUGGCAAGCUCCCACAGACAGCACAUGCCCCCACUCCUCUCCUCCCUCUCCUGCCUGGUUCUCUACCUCCGCCGGCAGCAGCACUCCUCCUUCCUGUCCCUGACCCGCUCCUCAAGCUCGGCCGAGGCCUGGCGCCUCCUCUGCCACUCCAGCCUGGCGCUCCUCAUCCUCUACAACCGCCACCGCGAGUGCGAGGUAGCCAAGCUCACCAUCCAGGACUACCGCAAGCGCGCCACCCCCCAGACCUCCGGCUCCGGCCAGGCCAACUCCUCCGGCGGCCCCCCCACAGGCCUGGAGGUGCACCUCUCCCCCUUCGAGCGCCAGGUGCUCUGCCACCUCCCGCGCGCCGGAGUCCUGGGCAAGCGCGGCCGCAUCCAGCCCCUCAUCCUCCCCCCGCACUGCGAGCCCUGCCUGGACCUCCUCCUCCACACCAGUCCCAACGUGGGCGUGGACCCCCACAGCCCCUACAUCUUCUCCCGGCCCUACCACUCCCCCGCCACGCCCCUGCGGGGCACCGACAUGCUGCGCAACAUGGCGCGGGCCAGCGGCGCCAAGAACCCCACGGCGCUGACCCAGACGCGGGCGCGGCGCCAGGUGGCCAUCCUCACCCAGCUGCUGCUCCUGGAGGAGGGAGAGGGCCAGGGCCCUCCGGGGGGCGCCGCCGCCAAGCGCCUGGAGGACUUCCUGCAGGCCGAGUACCACGUGACGCAGACCUGCGCCACGAUUGGCCGCGACCCGGCGCUGAUGGGGCGCGUGGGCAGGGUGGUGCUGUACGGGGAGAGGGAGGGCGUGCUGUUCAGAGGGAUGAGCCUGCAGCACAUAUGUCUGGAGCUGGACGUGAUGUCCGGCAACUCUGCCGACUCCUUCUCGGACGAGUCCGAGGGGGAAGCCGAGAAAGAGGUGAAGGAGAAGGCGGAGGUGGUGAAGAAGAAGGGGCCGGGACGCCCCCCCCGGAAGAGGAGAGGCCCCCCUCCCUCGUCUGUUAACCCUUCACUACCAGGAGCCCACAAGAGGAGGAGCGUCCAGCCCAAGUCAGGGAAGCGCGGCGUGCUGAAGCGGCCCUGGUCGGAGGCGGAGCGCGUGGCCGUGGAGACGCACCUGAACAGGAACAUCGUGGAGCUGCGCGUCCCGGCCAAGGCCGACUGCGAGCGCUGCCUGCAGCUCUGCCCCCUGCUGGUCAGCAACCAGCGGGACUGGAGAGCCAUCAAGUUCUACUGCCACAACCGCAUUCAGCUGCUGAAGAAGCAGGGCAGGAGGGAGAGUGCUGGACAGGGGGGCGCUGCCUGAUAGAGAGCCAGGCAGAGAGACUGGGGGGGGGGGGGGGGGGGGGUGAAUUGGAAUGGGAACUGGAAUGGGAAAGGGUCAGGAAUCAAUGACAUGAAAGACCCACAUCUACAGUAUCCAGAUCAGACCCAGUGCUGGACCUUGGGGGAGAUGUCGCGUGUGGACUUUCUCUGAAAGGACUUAUUCCGUUAAUUUAUCAGACACAAAUGCAGUAUCGUGCAGUUAUGUAGUGGAGGGAAAUUCAGUUGAAGUGUUUGUAGGCUUUGGAAAACCCUGGUGCUUUGUGUUAGGCCACUUUGUCCCAUGUUUAGAAUCAAUCUAAACUUUCUUAAGCGAUCGGGAAGAGGAGAAGGUGAGUGCUGGAGUGAAGAUGAGCGUCGACCUUAAAGAUGAAGACCAAAUGUCAGUGUUUUACGUGGCUGUGUGUACAAAGAUAGAAGGAGACCCUAAACAUCCCUGUAGUGUUAGCCCGGGUGUCAUUUAGUGACACACCUUUUGAACUGUACAGUUUCUGUGUUGGAUAUCGAUAAUUGACUGGCGUGUUACCCUAACCUUCACCGUCAUGGCUGACUGUAUUCAGGUGUAUUGAUUGAUGACUCCCUGUGAACUCAUUCACACACAUACCUCUGUACCAUGGUUGUAGUCAAACUAGUAUGAAAUUAGGCACGCAUACUUGAACUUGUUUCUUUUUUAUUAUUAUUCUUUUACAAACAACAUAUGGUCUUAUCAUUUACAUUGUACAUACUUACUAAUCAGCUUUGACAUUUUAAACAAAAUAGUGGUUAUAAAGUUGAUAUUGUGCUAUUGGUGUACAUAUUGUAAAUAGUACUUAUUAAAGUGUACAACAUUUUGAAGGGUUUUCUUAAACAGGAAAGUUAAAUGGUUGUACAUCCCCAAACAACUGUAGCUUAAUCAAAAAAACAAAAGAUUGUACCAAAAUAAAUGUUCCCUGGGAAAUAUUUAGUAAAAGAACCAUUGAAUUUGACUUACAGGUAAAUAGCAAAACAAUCAAGCUUGAAUCAACAUUAACGAUGUUGCAGUUUAUACUGAAAGAUGUUUUUUUUCCAAGUCAAAGUAGCAGAUUCCAUAACAAUAUUACUCUUUGCUAAUCAACUUUUUCCUUAUUAAUUAGGGAUUUCAUGGUUGAAUGAGUCAGGUUAUAUAUGUUUAUGUGGAGUGUGGAACACUGGUUUAAACUGACAGUUACUCUGUAUACUGCUAGGUUUCUUUUUUUAUCAUUUGAAAUGAAUAAACAGUAACGAACCCACACCUCAAAAAACAUCCUAGCAUGGCUACUGGUUGAGAUGGCAUUGAAGACGUAUUAGAUUGUGCUCAAUUGCUGUGAAUGAAGUGAAUAGCUAAGUACAAGUUCAAGACAAAUCAACGUAUUUAUUACACAUAUGUAAGGUGCAAGUUUCUGAUACUCAACUGGAGUGUAUCACAGAAGGCUGGACAAAGAAUAUAGGAAAUCAAGGGAGUUAAUGGUGUCACAAUAUGGGAGGAUACAAGACGAUUAGCAUAGCCUUCGAAAGCAAAGAAAAAAGACACUGCAUGCUAGAUGGCUUUUGUUUAGAUCUUUAGAUACAGGGCUCUUGAUGCUCCUCCUAUUUUCCUCGUAUAAAGUUGCAUGGCCUUAUGCACUUAAUAUUGUGACCUCUGACCUACACUAGUGUCACAGGCCUUUCCUAGUUGCACCUUACAAAAAACUAACUUAUGGCUAUGCAGGCUUAAGAAGACAGCAUAAUGACAGUUUAUCAAUGAUACAAGAAACAUAAUUAAUAGAGAGGCAUAUUUCUCUCCUGGACUUAACCAAGGGUUAUGUUCUAAUGAGCUUAAUUUAGCAAGGUAUAGAUCAAACAUUGUUUAUUAUAUUCAGUGCAUUUCAAACCGAAUCAUUAUCUUUAAUUCUUGUUAACUGAGCAGGGGACAGACUACUUCAGCAUGCAUUGUCUGUGUUGCCCGCAGAAGUAGAGAUAUUCAGUUGUUAUUAUGAAACAUACUGUACAACCCACAUCUACUGCAAAGGCCAGAAACUCGCCCCACUCUACUUUCACACUCCUCUUCCUCUCCUGACCACACCGUUUGUGCACAAGCAUCUACAAUAAAAAAUAUACAAAUACAAACAAAUGUACUGUAGCUUUAAAAAAACACAACACUGUACUAACAUACAUUUCACCAAGCAGUUUGAAUAAUUGUAUGUUGUUUGGAUGAGAAUUGAGCUAAUACAGGUACAGAAGAACUGUUUAAUAGGACCUUGGCUCUUGUUGGUGUCUAUUUAGUGUCAUCCUGGUAAUUGAUUAGACAUGUUUCUCAGACAUAUUCUGGCUUUUAGAAGGAUCAUCCAAACAUGACGUCCCAAUGGACACUGCCUGUGUGUAUAGCUAAACACUGCCUGUCAUUGUCUCAGAUACUUAGAUGACAAGAUCACCUGUACAGUUUUUACAAAUCAGAAUCAGAAUCAGAAACCAUUUCAGAUGGCGUUGGUUUUAAAAGGGGGGAAGCUUCAGUUACAAGCUGUACGUCUUGCUCAGUUUUACAUUUGGUUUCAGGUGGAACAUCUAUUAUCCUUAAAGGGGCUUUCUCAUCUCUACCUGGGUUGAAAAGUGGAAACACCUUCUCUGUAAACUUAGUAGCUAAAGUGCCAAUAUGUUUCUGAUCUUUGACAUC